AUGUUUUGGCAGAGACAUUAUCUAUGCAGUUAUUUUUCUCAGCUUCUCCACCUCUCUCCUCGUAUGUAUCUAUCUCGAUCUCUCUAUCCACCUCGUCCAGUUCCUGUAUACGUAUCUAUCCACCUCGUCCAGUUCCUUUCUAGCAAUCUCAGUGUUUUCAUGUUUAAUUCUAUUAAUACUUGUCUAUGUAUCUACAUAUCCCAGCUUACACGCAUCUAUCAACCCUAUUAUAUCUACAUCUCCACCUUCGAUUGUUCAUAUUUAUUGAUCUUAAUAUAUUCAUCGCGCAAACACUACGGUCUCAACCUGUUACCUACUGAGAUAUGUAUAACAGUUUUAUCUCGUCUUAAGAUUCUAUUCUUUCUUCGUCUUGUGUAUUUUAAUCUUUCUAUGUCUCUAUCUAUCUACCUGUCUUUUUUUCGCGGUGGAAAUAUUUACAAACGUUUUUUUUUCCUUUUAUCGUCUACUUCCGCCAUCCCACCUUUGUACAUAUACGCAUGCGCACACACAUAUUCAAGUUUUUUUUGUUUUUUGUUUUUUUUAAUCGCCUUUCUACAACUCGUAUUCAUUCAUUCACUUUUUCAUAAUUCCAUUUUUUUUUAUUGCUCUCGCUCUGAUUCUUUUUUUCUUUCUCUAUCUUUUAUUUCUUCCCCCCACCUUUAA